AUGGAACGGGGGCUUGAAGAUAGAAUCAGUUCCACUGAUCCACUUUUACUGCGACCAAAGCUUGUGAGCAAGGAUACUCUGAAGCAGCUUCGAGGUCGAGGUUCUAAUGGGAAAAAAGUAGCCGACUUUUAUGAGAACCAGAACGAGUUGAUUGAAGGACUUUUAAAACCACCGGAUUAUCGAGAUGAGGAUGAAGAGGCCCAGCUGUUCAAGCUUAAACUCGCAGUCAAUGGAUCGUUUGCAGUCAAUAUCCUGCUGUUUUGUUUGCAGCUUGUUGGAGCUCUUUUGUCCGGAUCUCUAUCUUUGCUUGCCACUACAGCUGAUGCGUUCAUGGACAUUGCUUCCAACGGAGUGCUUGUGUUUGCCAAUCGUAUUGCAUCUAGCGGUCACAAUCUAAACUAUCCAACUGGAAAGGCCAGAUAUGAAACUGCAGGAAUCAUAGUGUUUGCGACCCUAAUGGCAACUCUGUCCCUUCAGUUGAUCAUUGAAAGUGUACGCUCACUGACUAGUUCAGACCAUAACAUUCAGCUCGGUGUUAUCAGUAUUUCUUUUAUUGGUGUUGCUUUGGUGUUCAAAUUCUUUUUAUAUCUGUUUUGUGUAUCGCUAUCAAAAUACCCUUCGGCUAGAAUUCUUGCUCAAGACCAUCGCAACGAUUUAAUUCUCAACAUAACUGGUAUUGCCUUUGGAUUACUUGGUCAAUAUGUACGAUGGUAUAUUGAUCCUAUUGGCGGUAUUUUGAUUGCCCUAUUGAUUUUACGGUCUUGGGCUUCAGCUGCUCAAGAGCAUAUUCAACUGAUUGUUGGAAAGAGUGCCGAUACAUCUUUUUUGAAUCGUGUUACCUACUUGUCUAUGACUCACGAUCCGCGUGUUAAGCAGGUGGAUACAUGUCGUGCAUAUUAUGCUGGCAGCAAAUAUGUUGUCGAGGUAGAUAUUGUUCUUCCUGCAGACAUGCCACUGUGUGAAGCUCACGACAUAGGUGAAGCUCUUCAAAUUAAAAUUGAAACUUUGGAAGAAGUCGAGCGUGCAUUUGUUCAUCUUGACCAUGAAACCAGUCAUAGGGUAUGUGCUAUAUUGUUUUUUUGUUGA